GAGCAGAGAGGAUCAUCCGUUUUCCUUGCUGCUCAGCCGCACUGAUUAUAGAGCGAGAGAGAAAAAACGAGAGAGAAAGUACAAUUUGUCGUUUAUUUACAUGUUGGCUAACCGUGUUCAAGUUUAGGAUUUUAUUCGAAUGGUGCUUUCUGGAGUUAUGCAUUCGUGAAGUAAUGUUUUUAUAUUUUGUAUUGCACUUAGUUGGGACUUGAUACGUGUGAGGAUUCCAUCUGUGGCUGAGGAUUGUAUUAUGGUCUACACGUCUUGCCUCCCUCUGCCUGCUGCGAUGUUGGCGCUUCGGCCAAAAUUCACAAACCUGGACUGAAUAUACACCUUUUUUUUUGCUGAAAGAAGCUUGGAUCAAAUGGCCGUGAUUCUCACGACUGAAACACAGGAAUGCUUUUCGGUUGACACGACGACGCGCAGAGGGAAAGAAGGAAUAGCUGAUUGGGGUUUGGGUAGCAGCCGUAGUUUUAUUUUCAUUAUUGCAGCUUUUGAUUCUGCCUUAUUCCCGCGAACCGAAGCUGGGAUGGGAAAUGCUUAGUUCGAGUAAGAAAUCGGAGUAAUACCCCCGACAUAUAUCCAAGUGCACUUGAGAGAGGAAGAGUGAGAGGAGUGGAAAUGAUUUUGUUAUUACCGCUCCUUCUCUCGGUCUUGCUGGAUGGAGCGGUGUGCCAGCUGCGCUUCUCUGUACCCGAGGAGCAGGAACACGGGACCGUCAUUGGGAAUAUCGCGGAGGAUUUGGGGUUGGACAUCACCAAACUUUCCGCCCGCCGCUUCCAGACUGUUGCCAGCUCGCGGAACCCUUACUUGGAUGUGAACCUGGAGAACGGGAAUCUUUAUGUUAAGGAGAAAAUAGACCGGGAGGAGAUAUGCAGGCAGACAGUACCGUGCAACCUGCACCUCGAGGUGUUUCUGGAGAACCCGCUCGAGCUUUUCCGCGUGGAGAUCGAGGUGAUGGAUAUCAACGACAAUCCCCCCACUUUCCCCGAGACAGACAUCACUGUAGAGAUAACGGAAAGUGCCACCCCAGGUACCCGGUUCCCGGUGGAGAAUGCUUUCGACCCAGACGUCGGGACUAACGCGCUCAGCACCUACGCCAUAACGAACAAUAACUACUUUUACCUGGAUGUUCAGACACAGAGCGACGGGAACAAGUUUGCGGAGCUCGUGCUGGAAAAGCCGCUAGACCGGGAGCAGCAGGCGGUGCAUCGGUACGUGCUCACGGCAGUGGACGGAGGCGUGCCACAACGGACUGGCACCGCGCUCCUGGUCGUUAAAGUCUUGGAUUCCAACGAUAACGCACCCAUCUUCGACCAGUCGGUGUACACGGUGAGCCUACGGGAGAAUUCACCGGUGGGCACUCUGGUUAUUCAGCUAAACGCCACUGAUAUAGAUGAAGGGCAGAACGGAGAGAUAGUGUAUUCAUUCAGUAACCACAACCCGGCGCGGGUAAAGGAGCUUUUUAAAAUCGAUGCCAGGACGGGGAGAAUAGAGGUGGCUGGGGAAGUGGACUAUGAGGAGAGUAGUACUCACCAGAUAUAUGUCCAGGCUAAAGACCUGGGAGCAAACGCAGUGCCCGCGCACUGCAAAGUCAUGGUCAAACUGGUCGACGUUAACGACAACACACCGGAGAUCAGUUUCAGCACGGUGACCGAGUCUGUGAGCGAACAGGACGCCCCGGGCACCGUCAUAGCCCUCUUCAGCGUCACCGACCGGGACUCGGGCGACAACGGGCUGGUGAGCUGCGAGAUUUUGGGUGACGUUCCUUUCAAACUCAAAUCUUCAUUUAAAAACUACUACACCAUAGUAACGGAUGGACUAUUAGACAGAGAACACGCAGACUCAUACACAAUCACCGUUGUAGCCAAAGACCAGGGGCUCCCCUCCCUCGCCACGAGCAAAUCCAUCAAGGUGCAUGUUUCCGACGAGAACGAUAAUGCACCCCGCUUUACGCAGCCAGUUUACGAUGUGUAUGUGACGGAGAAUAAUGUGCCAGGUGCUUUUAUUCACGCAGUGAGCGCCGCGGACCCUGACGUCGGUCCGAACGCCCUCAUUACCUACUCCAUAUUGGAGUGUGACAUCCAGGGCAUGUCCGUCGACACCUAUGUGUCAAUCAACCAGGACACUGGUUAUCUUUAUGCGCUGCGUUCAUUCGACUAUGAACAGUUGAAAGAGUUUAGCUUUAUGGUACAGGCCAAAGACUCCGGGGGCCCAGAGCUCUCCUCCAACAGCACCGUUAAUGUCAUUAUUGUAGACCAGAAUGACAACGCGCCGUCGGUGAUAGCCCCGAUCGGUAAGAACGGCACCGCCAAAGAACACCUGCCGCGCUCCGCUGAGCCGGGCUACCUGGUCACGCGUGUUGUCGCCAUGGACGCAGAUGAUGGCGAGAACGCACGGCUCUCCUACAGCAUUCUGCGUGGCAAUGAGAUGGGCAUGUUCCGCAUGGACUGGCGGACGGGGGAGCUGCGUACAGCACGCCGCGUCUUCACCAAGCGCGACCCCCAGGGCUCCUACGACCUGCUGAUUGAGGUGAGGGACCACGGACAGCCACCGCUCUCCUCCUCGGCUAGCGUGAGUGUCAUCCUGGUGGAUAGUGUGAUAGAUGGACGGAGUGGAGACCGAGGAGGAUCUUCAUCCAAGUCCAAAGAGACCUCUCUGGAUCUCACCCUCAUCCUCAUCAUCGCCUUGGGCGCCGUCUCCUUCAUCUUCCUCCUGGCUAUGAUCGUGCUGGCUGUGCGCUGCCAGAAAGACAAGAAGCUGGACCUGUACACGUGCCUCAUGGCGGGGGAGUGUUGCCUGUGCUGCAGCCCGUGUUGCUCGCGCCAGGCGCACAGCAGGAAACAGAAGAAGCUCAGCAAGUCGGACAUCAUGCUGGUCCAGAGUACCAACGUCACCACCGGUGUGGGCGCUGUGGGCCAGGUGCCUGUGGAGGAGUCUGGUGUCAGCGGGGUCGGGAUGGGCGGUGGGUUCGGUUCCCAUCAUCAGAACCAGAACUCCUACUGCUACCAGGUGUGUCUGACACCGGAGAGUGCUAAAACGGACCUGAUGUUCCUCAAACCAUGCAGCCCCUUGCGCAGCACCGACACGGACCACACCACCCCCUGCGGUGCCAUAGUGGCCGGGUACAGCGACCAGCAACCGGACAUCUUAUCCAACGGGAGCAUCCUCUCCAAUGAGAACAAACACCAGCGAACAGAGCUCAGUUACCUAGUGGACAGACCAAGGAGAGUGAACAGUUCUGCGUUCCAAGAAGCGGACAUCGUGAGUUCUAAAGACAGCGGUCACGGGGACAGCGAGCAGGGAGACAGUGAUCACGACGCCACCAACCGGGGUCAUGCCGGUGAGUCCUGCCAUAAUUACCCCGGCUAA